CACAAUAACCAGUCAUUUUGAUAUUGCUUCUCUAACAAUUGAUUUCCCUUUACAGAUAAAUGUCUAAAUGUAAACUCUCAUUCAUCCAAAAAGCUAAUUCUUUUUCUGUCUAAUUUUCAUUUUUAUUUCGUCCAAAAUAGGCAAGAAGAGCAUCUGAAAAUUAAUUUUGAUUCGUCCAGAAAAAAACUAGCAUCGUCUGAAUUGAAGUGUAAAAACAGUAUUUAAGACUCUUUUUCUCUCUUUUUUUUUAUAUAUAUAUACCUUUUAUUUUAUGGAAUCACCACAAAAAGAAACUUUAACUUCAUUAUUUAAGAAAUCAGACUUUUCUUUUAUUCAAGAGUUCAACCAGAUUGUGGAUCUCUUAUUAAACGGAAACAAUGCUGAUGCUGUUGGCAAGUCUGUGACUCAAUUAGAAGAAAAGUUUGAACAUGCAAAACAAGUGUUGGAAUCACUUCCAGGUCUACAAUACACAAAAGAACAACAAGAAAACAUACUUGCAGAAGAAACGAAAUCUUACAAACAAUGUCAAUAAAAUUCACAAGGCUAUCAUGCAAAUGUCAUCGUCCGGGCAAAUAUCCGGAAAAUGACCUGUAUUUAUUUGUCCGAGGAAUACUAUGUCGAUUGAUUGUUUUUUUU